GUAGUUCCGCGCAGCCAAGGUGUUCCUGAGCAGGGCCCCGGGAGAGCCAGACUGGCUGGCUUCCUGAAGCCUCUGGGGCGGCCGCACGGGGAGACGCGGCGAGCGUGCGCUCCGGGUGGGCGAGCAGGGAUGCUCGGGUCGUGAGGGACCCGCAGGUGUGCUCAGGAGUCUUUUGCAAGUUGUUGAGGGUGCGUGGGAGACGGCGAGGCGGCCUUCCGGACGUGGCCCGCCCGUGGGGCCGCGGAAACCGGCUGAGGAGUAGGCUCAGAUUAUCUCUACUUGUGUGCAGCUGUGCACCUGUUUCUUCUAAGUUGAAUAAGCUGAUUUUGGAGGAUCAGGUCCACUAAGAGUUGCAGGCAUCGGUAGUACAGGACACUGUUUGGAGAGACAACUAAUUACUUUGAAAUUUCUGACCGCUGCUCAAGCCUACCUGCCAUGGGUUGCCGAGAUGUCCACGCAGCCACAGUCCUCUCUUUCCUGUGUGGCAUCGCCUCCGUGGCGGGCCUCUUCGCGGGGACUCUGCUUCCCAACUGGAGGAAAUUGCGACUGAUCACAUUCAACAGAAACGAGAAGAACCUGACAAUUUACACAGGCCUGUGGGUCAAGUGCGCCCGGUACGAUGGAAGCAGUGACUGCCUGAUGUACGACCGCACUUGGUACCUGUCAGUUGACCAGCUGGACCUGCGUGUCCUCCAGUUUGCCCUGCCCCUCAGCAUCCUCAUCGCCAUGGGUGCCUUGCUGCUCUGCCUGAUUGGAAUGUGUAACACAGCCUUCCGGUCUUCAGUGCCGAACAUCAAACUGGCCAAGUGUCUGGUCAACAGUGCAGGCUGCCACCUGGUGGCCGGACUCCUGUUCUUCCUGGCAGGCACCGUGAGCCUCUCUCCAUCCAUCUGGGCCAUCUUUUAUAACACUCACCUCAACAAGAAGUUUGAGCCAGUCUUUACCUUUGACUAUGCAGUGUUUGUCACUAUUGCUAGCUCAGGGGGUCUGUUCAUGACUGCUCUUCUUCUGUUCAUUUGGUACUGUGCAUGCAAAUCCCUGCCCUCUCCUUUCUGGCAGCCACUGUACUCUCAUGUCCCCGGAGUGCACACCUACUCACAGCCCUACUCGUCACGGUCCCGCCUCUCCGCCAUCGAGAUUGACAUUCCGGUAGUCUCACACAGCACUUAGCAGAGAGAGAAUUAACCGGGAAAGUCUGUGUCAUAGCCUCACAGCCCCUGCGUAAAGAGCCUUUUUGGACCUGUGUAAAUUUUUCCUUUGUUCUUGACUAGUCAGGGGAGCCAGGUUUGUGUAUCUUGAUAGAAUGAAAUGCUGCUAGAUUUUCUGAGGUAUAUAUUAAUUCUUCUAAAUGUGAAACAUUCCUUUUAUCUUGCUUCUCAUACUAGAGGGGUCUUGAGCCUCCUUGUAGAUGUCUGAUGAACUACGUGAACAGACCUGUGGUAACAGUUGAGGCGAUAAAAACAGCAUAAUAAGUACUGUGGUGUGUGACCCUUACCGAUACUUCUGGCCCUGUGUUGUCUGAUGACUUCAACUGAAAAGAGCAGUUUCACAUACAAGGAACUUCAGUCAGAACAGGGUUGCAGUUUGCCUCCGGAACCCUGCCAGCUUGAAGGUGUAGUUUAGUUCUCUCUUGGGACUAACUGACUGGGCAUCAGUAUACUGAAGAUUACUAUCUUCUACCUCAUUUCAGUGAAAAGUAAAAUGCAUUUGAAAUGAUGUCAGAGUAAGGCUAGCAUUUAAAUACGGUUAACAUUUAACUUCUUCUUUUGGUCUUCAGACAGGUUCUUGCUGGGUAUCCCUAGCUGGCCUAGAAUUCACUCUGUAGAUCAGGCUGCCCUCCAACUUUCCACCAUUCUCCUAACUGCCUCAUGAGCACUGGCUACAGACAUGCCCAGCUACUUCUAGAAAACCGUAAUUUUUAGUUACUGAUCAUAUUGUUGGAGUUAAAAUGUGCCAAGUGACAGGUUGUUGCUUCAUCUGGAGCAAGAAAUCCUUUCCAGAUAGCCAUGCCCUAUACCAGCUUAGUGGCUAAGACAAAUGAAUACAAGGUUGGUGACAAAUUGUUGGGCACAGGAGCCUGUUGUCAGUGACAGCACCAAAGAUUCAUUUGGUGGCUACUGUGUAAGUGAUGAUGUAAAUGGUAGCCGCUUGACUGUUCAGUUCCUGCUGCUUCACUGGCUACUUGUCCUUUAGUGUUUAGCUCUGCCUACACAGAAAGGAGGAUGUAGCUACAUCUGGGUAGAAAUUUUGAUCUAAUACACAUCAAACUAACUGACAACCACCAAAAAGGCUGCCUUUAUUGGCAGCUUGUGAACUUGUCAAGUAUUGAUCCAGGAAGAGAGUCCAGCUGAGACAUGCCUUCCUGGCACAGACAGCCUAUGGUACUCCAGCAGCAAUAUCCUGGACACUAGAAAGUCAUUUCUGAUAGGUCUCCUCUCGGUUUCCAAGCUGUAAUAACAGUUUCAGAUCAUGAGAAUGGGCAAGA